AUGGCUAUUAAGCAACAAAAACAUAAUCUUCCUUUUGUCGCCUCAUGUCCCAAACUCUUGACCCUCCAAAUGCACAUCCACAGGCUCAUCUUUCACUUCCUAAUCUUCGGUUCCGGUUUAGCCAUCGGAAUCACUUUCAGUUCCUACCUCCAAGACUUCCCUUUCACUCUCUACCAAUUCAAAGACCACCAAACCAAUAUCACAGCUUCUAGUUCUAAUCUUUAUAACAAUCUUUCUACUUCUCAUGAAUCAAAACCAAUACCAAUAAUGUCAUCUCUUCCCAAUUCUCCUCCACCACCAUUGGAAAUAUUAUCCUCACCCUCACCAGAAACCAUAGCCGAGGAUGUCUCGGACACUAGUACGAGUACCAGUACUCGAAUCGGGUUAAUCGAGUUCUUGAAACCGCCGACGGUGAGGCACGACAUGGACGACGAGGAGUUGCUUUGGAGAGCCUCCAUGGUGCCGAAAGCGGGGAGAGUCCCUCUCGAGUUCACACCGAAAAUUGCUUUCUUGUUCUUGGCGAGAGGAGACGUUACGAUGGCUCCUCUUUGGGACCGGUUCUUUAAAGGAAACGAAGGGUUCUUUUCUGUUUAUGUUCAUUCCAAUCUCUCCUUCAAUGCAACGGUGUCUCAAGAUUCUGCAUUUUAUGGGAGAUGGAUUCCUAGUCAGGAUGUGAGAUGGGGAAAUCCCAACAUGGUGGAAGCAGAGAGACGCCUGUUAGCCAAUGCUCUGCUUGACUUCACCAACGAACGUUUUGUUCUUCUUUCCGAGGCAUGCAUUCCUUUGUUCAACUUCUCUACAGUCUACGAGUACUUAAUGGGCUCAACCAAGUCCUUUGUGGAGGCCUACGACUUAAUUGGGCCCGUGGGCCGAGGCCGCUACAGCUCUCGAAUGAGGCCCCAAAUUAAACUGGACCAGUGGCGUAAGGGCUCGCAGUGGUUCGAGAUGGACCGGGCCCUUGCCAUUGAGGUUGUUGCGGACCAGAAAUAUUUUCCAAUCUUUAGGAGGUUUUGCCGCAGCUCAUGUUACACCGACGAGCAUUAUCUGCCCACAUUUGUGAGCAUCAAAUUUUGGAAAAAGAAUUCAAAUAGGACGUUGACUUGGGUUGACUGGUCAAAGGGUGGCCCACAUCCAACAAAGUUUAUGAGACAAGAUGUGACCAUUGAACUAUUGGAAAAGUUGAGGCAUGGACACAGUUGUGAGUACAAUGGAAAGAGAACCAAUAUUUGCCAUUUGUUUGCAAGGAAAUUCUUGCCCAAUACUUUGGGUAGGUUGUUGAGGUUUGCUCCAAAGCUCAUGCAAUUCAAUAAAUAA